AUGGACGACGAUGCAAAAAGUAUACUAACUGAUGAAUCGGAGUCUAUCAGGGAAUGGAGGGGUUCUGUCAGAUCACUAGUUUUGGGCCAGCCACCCAUCGAUGGUACCUACUAUCAGCAGCUAGGAUUAUCGGUAACUGCUCCACAAUGGGAUGUGGUGAAAGCAUUUCGAGUCCUUGGAUUUCAAUGCCAUCCAUAUCGUAAUCCAGCUGACCUAGAGCGGUUCCAGCAAGUGGCCUCAAUAUACGCAGUUUUGCUGAACCAAGAUCUUAGAAACAUAUACGAUAAAGUUGGAGUGGAGGGCAUGAAGAACCACCACUUUGUACCCAUGUCGGCCGAAAAAUUUAUGCAACAUUUCUUUGGAGGUCCAAAACUCAGGAAAUGGAUAGGUGAGUUCUAUUUGGUGGGAAAUAUUGCCAAGGCUGGACCUGGCCAUGAUGAUCUGGCUAAUGCUAAAGAGAAGACCGCACUAGCGAAGGAGAAACGCAAGAAUCAACUCCUCCGCAAUAUAUCUGAGCGAGUUGACGAAUACUGGGAAGCAAAGGAAACGGGAAGUGUCGCCGAACUCCAACGGAAAUUUAGAAUGGAACUUGUGUACAUGAGACGAGAACACUUUGGCUUAAGACUCUUGCACAUCAUGGGAAACAUUUUUCUAGAGCAGGCACACUACGUGCUUGCAGCUAGCAGGACGUUGGGGUUGUCUAAAAUCUUUGAUAAGUCCAAGAUCCAUGGCCAUCAUACGAAAUGUAAGGACGAACUUACCAGAGUGCUAUUGAUGGCCCAAGAGAAUGGCGAACGGAUAGAGUUUCUGUCACUCCUAGAGAAAGCACUCAAUCAAAGUAAUGAGCCAGGAUAUCAUGAUGAAGCAGAAAGGACGCUCACCUUAAAAUUCAUGGAAUGCGUUUGGGCCGUCACUCGAUUCGAAGUGGAAGAAACUCUACAUGAUGUGCUCUUUGAGCUUUUCUACGACAACACGAACAAGAAAACACGUAUGAGACGCUAUCAUGCUAUUCUAUUCUACGGAAGGGAAAUGCUCAUUACGAGACGUAAACCAGAAGAAGAGGAAGAUGAUCGAUUUUUCGAGGAAUUGUUGGCCCUUAGCGAAGUUGACCAUGUGUGA